AUGGCCUCUCCCACCGAGCCUUCUAGUUCUCGCUCCGUCUUCCUCGGCGUCGAUGUCGGCACCGGCAGCGCUCGCGCUGGCCUGUUUGACGAGGAAGGGAAGCUUCUUGGUUCGUCUAGCAGCCCGAUACAGAUAUGGAAAGAUGGUGCUUUUGUUGAGCAAUCCUCUACAGAUAUAUGGCUUGCAGUAUGUGCUGCAGUAAAAGCAGCCUGCUCUAAAGCAGAAGUUGCACCUACAGAAGUAAAGGCUCUGGGAUUUGCAGCUACUUGUUCACUUGUUGCGGUGGAUUCUGACAGCUCACCUGUUUCGGUUUCUCCGAGUGGUGAUUCAAGAAGAAAUGUGAUAGUAUGGAUGGAUCAUAUUGCUUCAUUAUCGCUUUCGUCGCGUUCUACGGUGUUGUUUUCAUUUGCAAGGCUACAUCUUAGAUUACCAUCAAGAAUAUUACAGCCACAACCGGAGAAUGCAGAUUUUUAA